AUGCCUCAUAAACGUGCUAAGCACACUGCUCGAGAGCAGAAUCGUUCAAAAUCAGGCUCAGAUCUUCCUCCAGGAGCCAAGCACUCCAUCAACAAUGAAGCCAUUCCAAAGAGCAUUGCGCGCGUGCUAAAUGCUACAAAAGUGCAGAAAGAGUGGGCGGAGAAGAACCGGAAAAGAAAGAUCGGAGAGGAGGAAGACGUCAGGGAGGGUACUGCACGGAAGAAGCGGAAAAACGGGGCAGAACAUGAAGAGCAGGAUAGAAAAAUGGACAUCAGGAUACAGCCUGGGGAAUCUAUCGCACAAUUUAAUAGGCGAGUGGAAGACUCGAUGCGUCCAGCGAUGCGCGAUGCAGCGAAGGCAUCCUCGGCUCGCGUGAAGAAGCUGAGGAAAGAAGAGCAAGUGGCGAAAGCGGAGAAGUCUUCUUCAACGCCUUCAGAAACGAAAUCUCAUCCGAAGAAGGAGCAAGAUGACGGCAAGGAGUCCACGACAGUGCCUAGCGGCAAGGAGAAGCAGACAGCAGAGCGCGACCAGCGACCAAAAGAUUUCCAAAGUCUCUCUAGCUCUGCUCCUCGGCGGCUCAACGACAUUGUCCAAGCGCCACCAGAUAUUAAGAAGCUUCCACGCGGCGCAGAGAAAGUGGCUGCGGCGAAGGAAGCAGGAAGGAAGGCUGCGGAGGGGAAGACCUUGAGGCAGGGCGUGCUAUCGAUGGCGCAGAAGGCGAUGUUAGAAGAGGAGAGAGAGAGAGCCGUGAGGAUGUAUAGGGAGCUCAAAAAACGCAAGGCAGCUGGUUGA